CCACGCCGAUUGCACUUCCUAAUUCGUCCGCUGUUCUGGUUUAGAAGGCCAAAUAGCGACAGGCAUGUCUGCAGCGUUGCGUGUACUAUAUUCUGUGUCCCUGCCAGGCACCAUUGCGGCUGGACACAAUCUUGUGCGUCCAAUCAGUCUGUCGGCCCAGAGAGAGGGAUUCAAGUAUGUGAAUGCUCAGGAUCUGCCCACAGACAUGAAGUCCAUAACAGACAGGGCCGCUCAGACUCUGCUAUGGACGGAGCUCUUCAGAGGAUUGGGCAUGACCAUGAGCUACCUGUUCAGAGAGCCGGCCACCAUAAACUACCCGUUUGAGAAGGGGCCCCUGUCUCCCCGUUUCCGUGGUGAGCACGCCCUGCGCAGGUACCCCUCUGGAGAGGAACGCUGCAUCGCCUGCAAGCUGUGUGAAGCCAUCUGCCCUGCCCAGGCCAUCACCAUUGAGGCAGAGCCCCGUUCGGACGGCAGCAGGAGGACAACGCGCUACGACAUCGACAUGACCAAAUGUAUUUACUGUGGCUUCUGCCAAGAGGCCUGUCCUGUUGAUGCCAUCGUGGAGGGCCCCAACUUUGAGUUUUCCACAGAGACCCAUGAGGAGCUGCUCUACAACAAAGAGAAACUGCUCAACAACGGAGACAAGUGGGAGGCCGAGAUCGCUGCCAACAUACAAGCUGAUUACCUCUAUCGAUAGACAGACAGGCUGGCUGACGCGCGCGCGCACACACACACACACACCGAUAGACUGAACCACCGUGCUCUGUUGACACACAUGAAACACACACUUCAGCCUCUUUGACACAGACACACGUCCAUCCAUACUGUACUGUUGAUCCAGAUCAGUGUUCACACCCAGACCUGUUUCCAGAGAUCCAGACAGCACUGUUUAUCUAUAUUGCAUAUAUCUAUACUGCAUAGAUAUAGAAUGUGACUUGGAUGAUUGGGACAAAAUAAACAGCAGGGAGCCACAGCUCUCCAGAACCA